GGUGAACAUUCACUUUAUACAACUGUCUCUCAACUCCACACAUAGAGUUUAGGAGGUCCCCACAAUGCCCCCUGCAGCUGGUGUUGAUCUAGGCUACACUCCUCCUGAUGGAGGAUGGGGCUGGGCUGUAGUGUUUGGAUCAUUUAUGUCAAUCGGCUUUUCAUAUGCCUUUCCGAAAUCCCUCACCAUUUACUUCAAGGACAUUCAGGAAUAUUUCUCCAUCUCCUACAGUGAGAUUGCAUGGGUCUCCUCUAUUAUGCUUGCUACCAUGUAUGCUGGAGGACCUGUGAGCAGUAUACUCGUAAAUCGUUAUGGGAGCAGGCCAGUGGUCAUUAUUGGUGGCCUAAUGGCUGGAGUCUCCAUGAUUGCUGCUUCUUUUGGCACAACCAUCAUUCAUCUGUACAUGUGUGUAGGAGUCAUUGGAGGUCUUGGCCUUGCCUUUAAUUUGCAACCUUCCCUGACUAUAAUUGGGAAAUACUUUCUCAUUAAACGACCCAUAGCAAAUGGUUUGGCCAUGGCAGGAAGUCCAGUGUUUUUGUGCACUCUGGCUCCCCUUAACCAGUUUCUGUUUGACAACUUUGGCUGGAGAGGAAGUUUCUUCAUCUUGGGAGCCCUACUCCUCAACUGCUGUGUGGCAGGGGCACUCAUGAGGCCUAUUAUAAUAAGAAAAAGACCCCUGCAACCUCAAAACAGUGCGAAUAGUGUUUCUCAGGAUGUUAGCGUAGAGAGAAGAAAACAACAGACAAAGCAUACAGGAUGUGCAUCACAUGUAAAUAAAUUCAUUGACCUUUCACUCUUCAAGCACCGUGGUUACAUUAUAUACCUGGUGGGGAAUGUUGUGAUGUUUUUUGGGUUCUUUGCUCCAGUCGUGUUCUUGGCCCCCUAUGCCAAGCACCAAGGCAUUGAUGAAUAUUCUGCAGCCUUCCUGCUCUCUAUUUUUGCCCUUGUAGACAUGGUGGCCCGACCAGCAACCGGUCUGGUGGCCAACACAAAAUGGAUCCGACCCAGAAUUCAAUACUUCUUUAGCUUUUCUGUGGCAUAUAAUGGAGUGUGUCAUCUGGCAUGCCCUCUGUUGCCGGGGUAUACAGGUCUGGUGGUAUAUGCUAUCUUCUUUGGGCUGGCCUUUGGAAUGCUGUGUGCACUGCUUUUUGAGGUGCUAAUGGAUUUGGUGGGGGCACAACGAUUCUCCAGUGCAGUUGGACUUGCCACUAUUAUAGAAUGUGGCCCUGUUCUUCUUGGGCCCCCAAUUUCUGGUGCAUUGGUUGACAUCUUUAUGGACUAUAAGUACAUGUACUUCACAUGUGGCUUGAUAAUGCUGGUCCCUGGACUUUUCCUGUUCAUUAUGAAUUUUUUUAACUACAGAUGGUUGGAGCAGGAGCAGCAGAAACAGGAAGAUCUGCAGAUUGGUUCAGCCAAAGAACUUGCUGCUAUAGAGGAGGCUAAUGAUAUUGAGCCAGAAAUCAAACAGUCAAGAAGAGCAAUUUAUGGACUUAUCUAGCAAAGAAGCAUAAUAAUGCUAUGUACUUAGAUUUUAAGUAGAAAUCAAUUAUCCAUAUAUUUGGAUAGACAUUUUUAUAUAGCUACAUUGCUGGGAAAAAGCAUUUGCCUCCUUCUUGAUUUUUAAAAGUUUUGCUUAUUAAUCACAGUUAAAUGAUUCUAAAAAUCAAAUUAUUUGACUGUUUGAAUCAGUUAAUCAAACAAUCUAACAACCUUAUUAGGUUUAGGGGCAAUUACUGUUUUCUAUAGGGCCAGUCAGGUUUGGACAGCUUUUUAAAUUAUUUUAUUUAAAAAAUUGCAUUUUUAUUUACUUGUGUUAUCUUUUACUAGUAUUAUCCAUCAUUUAAACGU